AUGGAGUCGUCUGAAGCUAGCGAAGUCAGCGAUUUUUUGUUGAGAAUCCGUCAGUUGGGUGAAAAGACUGAUCGAGAAGAUGAGUUAAGGGCUAAACAGCUUGAACAGGAAAUUUUGGAGGGCAGAAGGCGUCGUCAGGCUCUUAGGGCUGAGCGAACGAGAUCACUUUCUCCCCAGAAAAGUAGCUUGAUUGGAGACUCUGUCAAUGAUGUUACGAAAGUUGACAACUUGAAAAAGGAAGAUGCACCCAAGAAAACAGUUGCGACAUCUGUAAAGUCCAAAGAACAAGAGACAAAAGAAAAAAUCGAGCUUUUACAUGGAGCCAAUGCGACUAUAUCCUUGUUCCCUUCAACUAGUAAAUAUGUCGAAGCUCCGAAGAUUCCUGCCUGGAAAGAAGCUUUACUGAAAAGAGAACGUGAAAAUAAGACAGUCAAACAUGUGCCAACGAAUGAUGUUGUCGAGGAGCCAAAAUCUUUGGCAUCUACUGUUGGUGCAAAGUUUGGUAUAGCAAAGUCAUAUGAAGACCAGCAGUCUAAGGAUUCGCCAUCAGCAGAUGGUGCCAUGUUCGGUAUCACCAAGUCAUAUCAAGACCAAAGAUCGAAGCCACCGGCACUUAAAGAUGAUGCCAAGUUUGGUACAACAAAGUCGUAUGAAGACCAGCUGUCGAAGAAGUUCCUACCAAUAGAAGAUAUUGACAAGAUCUCUUCUGUUGUUAGUGUUAAACAGGACACUCCGAGCAUUGACAACGAUGCUAAAGAAGAUGCUGACGGAAGUGAAAACGAAAAAGUUCAAAACCAGCAGCUCAAAUUCCAGCUCGAAAAGGAACUAAGCAACAAAGAAGAGCAUGAAAGGUAUUUAAAGUUACAAUUCGAAAUUGAACGCAAGAAGCGAGAGGAGCAAGAACAGCGAGAGCGCGAGGCUCGCGAAAGACGAGAAAUCCAAGAACAAGCAAAAGAGCUUCCUGCUAAUUUGAGAGACAAUCCUAAUGUUGUCAGAGUCUUGCCAAAACUACCUUCAGAUGAUACUUCACCAUCAACUCCAGGCAGUUUAAAGACCGCUAAUCCACUGCCUAAACUGUCUCCUGUUGAUUCUUCGGCUAGAACCUCUGUAGAGCGACGACCCCUUUACCUUGAGAAGAGCAGGACUCCAGUUUUGAGUCCGUCUCAGUCUACACCCGUGCCAUUUCUCCAGACAAGAUCACCCUCGCCUACUGGAUCACUUUCGAGAAGUCCAACUCGUGGUGCUGGAAGUUUUGUACAGAGCGCUUUACUGAGAAGAGAAGGUACUCUCAGAGGUUCGCCCUCCCCUUCGCCACAACUAAACAGGGUAGCAACCCAAAUAGGACCCGGGUUUCAAGGCUCUCCACAAUCGAUUAAAAGCCCAACCCCAGUGGUCGCAAAAACUGGACCCCCAGUUCCUGACAAACGUCAGAAUCUAAUCAACCCCGUGAAACACAAUCCAGGAUUGGACAAUGAGGGAAAUACAAAGUCUCCCAUACCAAUUGGAGGCAGGAAUUUAUCUAGCAUUGAAAACAAUAGCUCUCAAACUAAAUUGGAUGACGAUGCUGGUCCACCACUUCCAGCUCGUAAACCAAAGGAUACCGAUGAGACACCUCCCCCAUUUCCUCCUCGACCACUCCCACUUCCUAUAUCAAAAUCGUCCAUAUCCGUCAAACAACAAGACAACAAAAUCGAUGAAGUUGACGAAGAAGAUAUCAUGCUUGGUAGUUCCAUUACACAUCCUUUAGCUGCAGAUACCCGAGGUCGACUCCCAGCAGCUACUAGCAGUUCCUCUGCAUAUGAUACCAGGAGAUUGAGUCCAUCUAGACAAACUUCAUGGCUGGAAAGUGCUCUUAAGAAAAAUAGUCAUGGAGCAUCGACACCAGAAUCUUUAAACCGGGCAGGAACCCUAAGAUCUCCACCUGGAUCAACGUUUAGUCCUUCAUCUCCUUUUCUGGGAAGUUCACCUUCUGUAUCCUUACCUGUUCCUGAUCAGAAAAUACAGGGCCAGCACAGCCGGUCUCGAUCACUUAUCGAUUCAUCUUGGUCUGGAACUAAACCGUCGUGGUCGCCAAGGCAGUCACCAUCAAGUACUUUGACUAAAAACGAGGACACCAUACCGAAAGAGAGACCGCUAUCACUGAUUGGUAGUAAAGCACCCACACUUUCCACAGGUUCUCCAGGACAAUCGAUCCCAAGAACGCUGAAUGAACCUUCAUCUCCUAGCUUGAGUCGUGACAGUAAUAACAGCUCGUCACCCACUCUGGCCCGUAACAAUACGUUAGUUUCGCUAAAGUCUCGACCAUCAGCUGCUCCACCUCUGGCCCCUAAGCCUGCUGCUGAAGCGAUUGAAAGACUCCGCAGUCUUCGCUCUCCGAAGCCACUUACUCGAAAGGAAGAGCCAUCUGCUGAAGCAUUAGAAAAGCUACAUAAACUUCGACCAGCAUCGCCUGUUAAAAACAAGGAAGAGCCCUCGAUUGAGGCAUUGGAUCAAUUGAAAAAGCUUAGGUCGCCCUCACCUCCUCCAGCUAAAUCUCAAUCAACUCCAGAAGCCAUUGAACGGCUCAAAUCACUCAGACAGCGGAGUCCUGUUUCUGUUACAGAGAAGCCUCGAGUUGAAGCAAUUGAGCAGUUGGGUCGUUUAAGGUCUACAUCUCCCAGUAAACGAGCACUAAAGGACGAAGCUCGUGAUACCCUUGAACAAGCCAAGGCCGGACUCAAGCGAUCUAGCACUAUUCAGUUGCAGUCACCACCAACACAAGAGCCAUCAAAAGUACUGGAUAAGACCUCUGAACUACCCACCAGCACCGAGUCUAAGACCCAUCCAAGUCUCCCAUUGAGAACAUCAGCUCCUUCGACUGCCGCACCCACAUCAUUCCGCGAUGAUCUUGCCAGUGUUCUCAUGAGAGGACCGUCUGAACCCACACCCACUAUUCGAAAGGCCUCCACACUGGACAACUCUGAUCUCACUCACUCCCAAGGACAAUCCGACAAACAACUCACCCACAUGACCAAGAGAAGGGCAAAGGGUCCCAAGAGACGACUGCCAAAAGAAGUUUCCAAUCCAAACACCACGAAUUCCUCUGACUCGUCCGGCUUGUCUCGCCCAUUCUCCGAGCUCAACAUCGCCAAGCAAAGAGCACCAGUCUCAACCCCUGGCGAACCCGGCAGUCGUCCUCCCGUAGUCCGCAAGUCAUCACGAUCGGUCUCGUCCAAUCUCAAAGCCCCUCCUCCCAAACCCCGCAAACCUUCAUCCAGCAUAAUAGCAUAG